AUGUCUGAAAGCUAUGAUAUUGACAUAAACACUGGCGUCGACGAUGAAGAUGCUAUGAUGGUUGACGAAGAUACUAGACCGGCUUCGGUCAAGCGCAAAGGACGUGGAUUUAGGAGCGAAUCAAAAGAUGAAUCUAGAGAUGGCGUGAGAUCUGGUGACAAGUAUGAUCAAUUUGAAUCUACUACUGACGAAGAUGCAGCCGCUGGACGUGCCCAAAGAUCCGUUGAAGGAUGGAUUGUUUUGGUAGUCGGUCUUCAUGAAGAAUCUACAGAGGAUGAAAUUACCGAUAAAUUUGCUGAUUACGGUGAAAUAAAGAAUUUACAUCUGAAUUUGGAUAGGAGAACGGGUUUCGUUAAGGGGUAUGCGCUUGUUGAAUACGAGACCUAUAAAGAGGCUAAAAAUGCAAUUGACGCCGUUAACGGAACGAAGCUUCUAGGCUCUACAUUACAUUGUGAUUUUGCUUUUAUAAGAGCUCCUAUCAACAUCUCUUCUGGUACAGAUAGGGAACCUCGAGAUCGUGGUGCAAACAGAAAUAGAGUCGGAAGUAGACGGCGCGGAAGAUCUUCUA